ACAAGGACCACCAUACAAGGUGGAGGUGGUGGUGGUGGUGGUGGAGACGAGGCAAAGAUGGGCAAGGCCAUCAGCGGCGAGUCGAUGGUCGAGGUGGAGGAGCCAUUGAGUCCGGCGGCACGUUUGUUCCAAACGCGACAAUUUAAUUGCUACAUUAUAGCAAUUAUCGGGUGCAAAACCGUGUUUAACUCUCAUGUCAUCAAGGCGGGCUUGGAGCAUACUUUGAUUAAGCAUCCUCGCUUUUCUAGCUUAAUGGUUGCUGAUAAAAUGGGUGGUGAGAUGAGAUGGAUUCGGACCAAAGUAAAUGUAGAAGAUCAUGUUAUUAUCCCAAACGUGGAUCCAAACAUGGGCUCACCGGACCAAUUUAUUGAGAACUACAUAUCAAAUAUGACGAAAACCUACCUAGAUGACUCUAAGCCCUUAUGGGAUAUUCACCUCCUCAAUGUCAAGACCUCUGAGGCUGAAUCUACUGCAAUUUUUCGUAUCCAUCACUCGAUUGGCGAUGGCAUGUCAAUCAUGUCGCUUGUCCUUGCUUGUACUCGAAAAACAUCUGACCUGAACGCAUUGCCUACUAUUCCAACAAAGAAAAGGCAGCGAUCAAGCAACUCAGGCAGAUUCAUCAGGUUGGUGUCAUACAUUUGGUUUGUGUUACAAGUGAUAUGUAACACAUUGGUGGAUGUUGUUAUGUUCAUUGCAACAAGUGCUUUUUUGAGGGACACUAGAACUCCACUCAAAGGUGCACCCGGGGUCGAGCUCAGCCCUAAGUGGUUCGUGCACAAGACGAUCAGCUUGGACGAUAUAAAGCUAGUCAAGAACGCCAUGGACUUGACCAUUAAUGAUGUAAUCCUCGGAGUAACACAGGCAGGUCUUUCCCGAUAUCUCAACAGGCAAUACGGUAGGACAGGUGAGGGUAAUGCAGAAGAAGAUGCAGCAAAGCAAAAGAGAAACAAUCUUCCGAGAAAACUCCGAUUCAGGGCAGCCCUUAUCUUCAACAUCAGGCCAUCCAUGGCCAUUGAGGCUUUGGCUGAUAUGAUGGAGAGGAAUUCCAAGACCAAAUGGGGGAAUUACAUCGGUUACGCCCUCCUCCCCAUCACCAUUGCCCUACGCGAUGACCCGUUGGACUAUGUUCGCGAAGCUAAAGCCAUGGUUGAUCGAAAGAAACGUUCCCUUGAGGCCAAAUGCACAUUCCUAAGUGCCAAGUACAUAGUAAACUUACUUGGAGCUAAGGUAGCUGCUGCUAUAUCAUACAGAGUCAUCAGCAACACCACAAUGUCCUUCUCAAACGUGGUUGGUCCGGUGGAUGAAAUUAGCUUUUACGGCCACCCCAUGGCUUACCUUGCUCCCAGUGUUUACGGUCACCCUCAUGCAUUGACAGUCCAUUUUCAGAGCUAUAUGAAUAUGAUGACUAUCAGUUUAGCAGUGGACCGAGACGCAGUUCCUGAUCCUCACCAGCUCUGCAAUGAUCUAGCGGAAUCGCUGAAGCUCAUUAAGGAUGCUGUUGUGAAGAAAGGACUCGCUCAGGAGAGUGUCCAGCGGUGAGAAGGGACUUAGGUAGGCCCAGAAAACUAAACCAAAAUUGACCAACAUAUAGUCAUCCUUAAUGGCCUUUAUAUGUGCUCCUAUUGUAACAUAUACUUGAAUAUCGGAUCAAAAUGCCUAGAAAUCCCCCUUAUGAUCA